GACCUUGUGCGUUUUCCAAAUCACUCGUCAUGCUUGGUCCAUCACCUCGUACCGUUGUUCGUGUAGGGUCGAGGCGCAGUAAUUUGGCACUUCUCCAGACUGGAAUGGCAGUUAAUUUACUUCAAAAACAAAAUCCACAUGUUCUUUUUGAAGUUGUAGAAAUGGCAACUGUCGGCGACAAAAUUCUAGAUGUUUCAUUAUCAAAGAUUGGUGAUAAAAGUUUAUUCACAAAGGAACUUGAAAAUGCCCUACUUAGUGGAGAAGUUGACCUUGUCGUACACUCACUUAAAGAUGUCCCAUCAAUCCUUCCUUCCGGCUUAGUCCUUGGGUGUGUAUUUGCCAGAGCAUCUCCUGAUGAUGUUGUUUUAAUGGCUCCACAUUAUCGUGGAAGAAAACUUUCUGAUCUCCCUAUCGGAUCUACAAUUGGAACAAGUGCUGUUCGGCGCGUAGCCACACUUACACGCAAGUAUCCACAUCUGAAGUUUGUAUCCAUACGUGGAAAUUUAAACACAAGGCUUGCCAAACUCGAUACUCCUCCAGCUCCCAAGGAUAAUUGCUGUUUAACUAAUCCAUCUCAAAGUUAUGAUGCGAUCAUCCUGGCUAAGGCGGGUGUUGAGAGGAUGGGCUGGUCGCACCGUAUUGAUCAGGUUUUAACCGAUUCUUUUUAUGCUGUAAGUCAAGGUGCAUUGGCUUGUGAAUGUCGUCAAAUCGAUAAUUUCAUCAUGAAUUUGUUAUCGGGCAUCCAUGACGAGUCAGCUGCCUUAACAACUAUUGCUGAGCGCAGUUUAAUGCGUCAACUUGAUGGUGGUUGUUCUAUCCCGAUCGGCGUGCGCAGUGAUCUUGUUUUAAAAGGAGACUUGAACUAUUCUCAACUUACUCUUCAUGCAAAUAUACUAAGUGUUGAUGGUGGGAAGAGUGUAGAAAGAUCUGCCUCUGUUGUUUUCCCGGAUAAAGUGCCCAUAAAUGAUUGUGUAGAGUCCAGUUGCAAAUUAGUGCAAAAAUCGAGCGGUUAUGAUGAUGUUAGCACAAAUACACCAAUAAUCGAAAGUAGGGGGACAUCACUAACCUCUCCUAAUAAAGAUGAGUUAAAAGCAGCAUUGGAUGCAGCAUCUAUAUUUAUGGGAGUUUUAGUUACUCCAUCAUCCGAAAUUUCCCGUCUCAGAAUGGCUAUUGCUCAAAGUUUGGGUUGCGUAGUAGCACAAAGUCUUCUUCUAUCCGGUGCUGAUGAGAUUCUUUAUGAAAUACGCUCCCAAUCUAAAACAUUGGUUCAGUUUAAAACUUAGUCACAUAUGGACCAUCAAAAGUCCAAGAAAAAACGCAAAGCUUACUACCGAAAAUGUGCUUUUGGUUCAAAAAAAUCUCGUCUGAAUGAUCAAAACGAUAGUGUGUCAUGCAUUCCGAAAAAUUUACAGCCCGGGAUGACCGGUUAUAUAUUAACUUACAAUCAACAGCAACGAUUAGCACAUAUUGAAACUUAUCGUUUGUUAAAUCAUACUUUAGAUGAGAUUUCUAUUGAAAAGCAUAAAAGUGGAGCAUCUAAAAUCAACAGUCCUGUAAAUACAAAUAAUGAAUUAGUUGGUUCUGAACCUAAUAAUAUGGUUAGUGAUGAAAAGAAUGAUGAUACUGAUGACUUAUACUCACAGUUACUUCGUGAAAAUUGUUCAAAAUAUCCUGCCAAUUCAAAAAACAAAUUUGGUUUCUACUCUGUGAAAACACAUAUCAGUAACUGUUCUUUUAUUCUUCAUCAGACUAAUUUACUUAGUGCUGCAGAACUUUGUAAUCGUGUAUUCGAAAGACUACUUUCGACUUCCAAUGCAGAGUCUCGUUAUGUUCUUCGUUUGAUGCCUGUUGUAAACACAUGUCGGUCAGAUUUGCCGUCACUCGAAAAUUGUGUGCUAAAAGCGUGGUCAAACUUCCUUGGCCUAGCGUCAUGUAAAAUAAAUACAAAAUGUUCUAAAGUUGAGGUACCUCUAGACCAGUCAAAUGAUGAAGAAAACGCAAAUAAUGAUAACGAGUCCUCGAUUUUACAUGUCCCAAAACAGAUUGCUUGUGAAUCUACAUUGAAUGGAUCGAAGACGUUUAUGAUUGUGUUCAAAUCUCGUGGUUUCAAAGCUAUUACCCGUGAUGAUGCUAUACGCCGUACAUUUGAAGCAAUCAAGUCAGUUGAUUCAUCUUGGAAUUUAUGCAAUUCAUCGCCUUCAGUUGUUGUCUCAAUAACUGUCCUGUGUAAGGUGACUUGUAUCAGUUUGUUGGAAAAUUUCUUCAAAUAUCGUAAAUACAAUAUAGCAGAAGUUUGCUCACCAUCAACUCAAUAUGACUGUACGAAUAGCAUAAAAAAUGACGAAUCCAAAUAAAAUUUGUUUUGCAAU